AUAUAAACAUAAACAAACUCAUUUCUUUUUUGAUUUAGUUGUUGCGUUGAUUUGAUUAAUCAAAGUUCAUUCCGAUUUCGUUAAUUCUAAUGGAUACUUCAUGAUCGAUCUGUAACUUUCUCGAAAUGAGAAUGUACCAUAAAUAAGUGAACUCGUCGUCGAUUAAUCGAGUUUUUUUCUUCUUUCUCUUGUGUUUACCUUUUGAUUUUCUUUUUUUUGGAAAAUAAUCAAUCUCUCUUUCUUCCUCUUUCCCUCUGUCUAUCUUUCUCUCUAUUCUCUCUAUUUUCUCUGUCUUUUUGUUUUUCUUUGUUUGUUCGUUAAUCUUGUGACUAGUUCUCUUCUCUUGACAAUAUUGUUCAAUCCUUUUUGUUUUUUAUUGUGUUCGACGUAUUAAAGUGAAAGAAUUAAGAUGAAAUUAACUUCCAUUGUUCGUAGUCCAAGUGUAAGUUCAAACGUUUCUCGAGGUGAUCGAUGUAUGAGACGAAUGUACGAAUUACGACCUGACCAUUGUGAUGUUACACUUCUUACAGAGGAUGGACAUUCGAUUGAAGGACAUAAAGUUGUCCUUUCUUCAGCUUUACCUUAUUUUAGUGCAAUGUUUACACCUCGAAGUGGUUUAUCUUAUAUUGAAUCAGCUCAACGUGAAAUUUUGAUAAAAAAUAUCGAUGGUCAAGCUCUCGAGGAUAUAAUUAAAUGGUGUUACAGUCUUCCAGUUGAACCUGAUGAAUCAACGGUACAACAAUUACUUUCUGGUGCUAAAAUGUUAGAUUGCCCGGAAAUUGUUUCCAUUUGCUCAGAUUUCAUUAUCUCACAAUUACAUCCUGAAAAUGCUCUUGGUAUCUAUUCAUUUGCUGACCUAUUAGGUUGUAUUGAUCUCCACCAAUGUACAUUGAAUUAUAUUUUAUAUCAUUUUACUACGAUUGUUGAAAAAUCUGAUGAAUUUAUGCAAUUAACGUCUGAUAGAUUAAUCGAGAUUAUCUCUAGUGAACAUAUUGAUACUGGAACUUUGGGUGAGGAGAUUGUUUUCUCUUCCGUAAUGUCCUGGGUUUCUCAUGAUGAAGAUAAUCGAUCUAAAUAUCUUCCACAAUUAUUGGAACAUGUUCGAUUUCCCAAACUUGCCCAGGAAACUUUACUUCAAAUCGAGGAUCAAUAUCCAUUAAUUAAAAGUGAUUCAACUUGUAAAGAUUUGCUCAUUGAGGCGAUGAAAUUUCAUCUCUCAAAAGGAACUGUGGUCUCAUCUAAUCCACGAUUUAGAAAUCGUUCCCCUGUAAUUAAACCUAAAUGUUUACUAGUUGUCGGUGGACAAUCGCCUAAGGCUAUAAAACAUUGUGAAUUUUAUGAUUUUACCUCUGAACGUUGGUAUGAUUUACCAAACGGAUUACCUUCGAGAACCUGUCGCGCUGGACUUGCCAUUUUAAAUGAUCAUAUUUACAUUGUCGGAGGUUUUAAUGGUACUACCCGAUUGAAAACUGUUCAGUAUUUUAUCCCAUCAAAAGGUCAAUGGGUAAACUGCCCCGAUAUGCAGGCCAGAAGGUCAACUCUUGGUGUUGGUGUUUUGGAUGAUAAAAUUUACGCUGUUGGAGGUUUUGAUGGUACUUCCGGCUUAAAAUCGGCCGAAGUUUAUGAUCCCUACAAGUGUACAUGGUCUUAUAUCGCUUCGAUGUCAACUAAAAGAUCUUCCGUUGGAGUGGCCACUCUUAACGAUCACAUUUACGCUGUUGGUGGUUACGAUGGAGCCUCUCGAGGUUGCCUUUCUUCCGUUGAGUAUUAUGAUAUUGUUCGUGAUACUUGGAAUCUUUUACCUGAAAUGUCUCAAAGGCGAAGUGGUGCCGGUGUUGGUGUUCUUGAUGGUAAAUUAUACGCCAUUGGAGGUCACGAUGGACCCGCUGUUAGGAAAAGUGUUGAAUUCUAUGAUCCAGUUGCCAAUUGUUGGAUGCAAUGUGCUGAUAUGAUUGUUGCUCGUCGAAAUGCUGGAGUUGUAACCAAAGAUGGUCUUCUUUAUGUUAUCGGAGGUGAUGAAGGUCUUGACAAUUUGGCCUCAGUUGAAAUCUAUGAUCCACGGAAAAAUCAAUGGACCUUAUUACCACAAGAGAUGUCAAUUAAACGCAGUUACGCGGGUGUUUGUAUUGUAGAUAAAUUUAUGCCCCCAGAGAAUGAGGAUGUAAUUGUUUCAUCGAUCGCCUCAGGCGGUGGUGGUGGUGCUUUAGAUCAACGUAUUUCGCCUUCUGAUAGAGAUGUUCAUCAUGACCAACGAUAAAAGCCAAUCAUCAUCAUCCUACUAAUCACAAUUAGCUGUAAUAAUAAUUGUUCACAUGGUUUUAUAUUAAUAUUUUUCUUCCUCUAAGAGGCUUCAUCAUCUUCACCAUAAUCAUCAUGACUUUAAUCAUCUGAUUCUUUUUUUUCUGGCCAAUGAUUAACGCACUUUAAUCAUUUUCCCCAGUUAAAUCAAGUAUUAUCAAUUCGAACGUCACAAAAAUGUACAAAAACAAUUAACGAGACGGGACGGGAAAUUCAUAGACAUCCAUUCAUUCAUUAUACUUCCUGUAAUCAUCACCAACAAUCAACUAAUCAGUUGAUCAACAUUAAGGCAAAACAACAUUUUUAUUUAAUGACGAAAAUGAAUCAUCAUCAUCAUGAGAAAAUCAUUUAUGACUGAUUAAUUAAUCAACGUAAUUCCAAUCACUAAAUUGGUAAAAUGUUAUAAAACUAUUGCUUUUAUUUUUUCUUCUCUGUGGUAGAAAAAAAAAAUUAAUUGUUAAUUUUUAGUUUAAUUGCGAUGUAAUCAACUUAUCUCAUACUCGACGACCAAUUAAGUUACAAUUCUAACUUUAAAUGCUCUCUUUAACUCGACUUUACCAUUUUUCUUUCAAUAUAAACAAUAACAAUCAACGAGUUUCUAUCAAUCAAAAUACUUUUUCUCUUCUUAAUUGUGGAUAUUAAUUGUUGAUCAAUUCUACAACUAAAUGGUAACAAUGUAUUAAAGAAAUACAAUCCUUAAAUUGUCACAAUUGAAUUGGUCUAAUCAUCGAAGAGAGAAAGAAAAAACUUCUAAUCAUCAACCACAAUUGAAGUAACAUUGCGAAUCGGCUAAUUGUUAGAAUCAAAUUUUCUUCUCCUAAUUACAAUUUAAUUGUUCUCUUAAUUUGAUUUAAAUUGGUUUUCUUUUUUCGAUACCCAAUCUAAAUUGUUUUCAAUAACUUUCAACGGAAGUUUAUCCAACCUGAUUUAUAUUAUAUAUUAAAAUGAUUAUGAUUAAAAGGUAAUCAUUAUAUGAUUAUUACAAUUUAUUAA